AUGAAAGUGCCCAAAUUUCGUGGGAAAUACUGCUGGAAUGGCGAGUGUUUCGUGGUGAGCGAUCUUUGGCGCAACACAACCGAUCAUCGAGCUCGAGUUGGAGCGUUGACCUUUCAAGGACCCAUUCGCACUCUGAGCACACAAAGUUUUGAGGGGAUGAUCGUUUUUGAGAUGCCAUUGAUCCUUCCAACUGACUACAUAUUUGAUUCUUUGAAUUCGAGUGGAUGGCGAGUAAACAAAUCAUCGCUUCCGAUGGGCUAUCUCACCGAUAUCGUCCAAGGGAUCUUCUGGACAGGAGCACUAGAGUUGGACAAGGAAGUAGUCGGCGAUGUGCUCGUGAUUGGACUCGGCGCCGGAGGAGUGAACAACUUUCUCUCGACUUCUUUUCCAAAUUUAAAUCUGACCAUGGUUGACAUCAAUCCAUCCACCAAAACGAUGGUCAUCGAGCAAUUUGAGGUGAUCGAAAACGGGAAGACUCGCAUAAUUAUCGAGGAUGGCGUCAAGUACAUUGAUGAGCAAGUGAAAGCAGGGAAAUGU